AAAAGUUAUUAAUUGUAUGGAAAAAACAUUUUUAGUGCAAAAACACAUAGACACAACAAAUGGCUAGUCAGAAGCUUAAAGGCUGGAGGUUUGCAAUGUUUAUUGGAGGAUUUGUUGGUGCAGUAUUGACCCCAUUUUAUUUCACUGCAAUUCAGCCUUUCAUGGACUCAAGUCAUUACAAACAAAUAAGAGAACACACUGGACACCAACUGAGACCAAAAUCGUUUUAGUUAAUACUUUAUAAUUGUGGUGAUAUUUUUAUAAAACUAAACCCGAAAUAUACAUUUACAUCUUUUAUUUUACAAUAUUUAUUCUAAGCUUAUGU